AUUUACAAGGUGCGAUAGCUGAUGCUUUCCAAACAAAAGCAUACCUUAUUAAAGAAGGUGGUUAUCAAGCUAUAAAAGAAUCGUUGAAAAAACAAUUUCCUAUUCAAUUCACUGUAUUGACAUCGUCAUUACCAAGAGGAGUGCCAAGUCAAUCACAUCAUAAAGAUGACACUUUGGAGAGCGAUCAUUUUGUACUUUCUUGGACCUUAACACGACUUUUAAGUGACAAAUUCUUUGAUAUGUUAUGCGAUCGAAUGUGGUUUGGAUGUGGUUGGUCUGGUGCCGAGUGGGCAGAUCUUAAACGCAAUAAAGAUUUAGUUCUUGAUUUUCUCAACAAUGGUGAACUUAUUUCUGAACAAAUCGAAGAUUGUUUAGCUAAAGAUGAAGAACAGCAUGGUGUUUUGACCUAUCUUGAAGGUGAACAUAUUGAAAGGGCUACUGAAUCUACAAAUCGAAAUUUUCUUUUAUUGGUUUUACGGUUCCUUCGUCGUCGAAUUCUUCUUUCAACAAAAUAUUGUUUGACAUGCCAUUUUCCCCAUAUGGAGUCUGUGUCAUCUAUUAGACCUUUUGUUUGUGGAACUGCAUUGUGUCAACAUCAAGCACUUGUAGGUCUUGGCAAUCUUUUUGAAGCGGUUUUGGUGAAUAGUCCUGUUGUCGUAGAUCUGUUGAUAUCUUUAUGUUACGUCGCGAUAAGUAGUCAUAAUCUAAGCCCAUUUCCAUCCAGGGCUAUAGGUGUCACUACUGUAACAAAGUAUGAUAUUCAAAAUUCAUUGGUUGUUGAUUGGGAUACCAAUCAAGGUACGGUUGGUACACGUAUUGAUGCUGGAUACGCAGUUUAUGGGUGGAAAGGGUUCGAUGGUCAAGUGUUGAAAAAUGAUAAUUUGGAGGUCUUCCAUCCAGAGACAGGUCAACCUUUUGCCGUUAAUCGAUGCAGUCACACCUCCACUGUACGUGUUUUAGAUGUUACAUCCACAUACCUGGUUACCGACUUUCCAAUUGUUGUACCAAUUUCGGCUGUUUCCAGUCGACAUGUAUAUUUACCUUUCCGUGUUUAUCGCCGAAGUGAGAAAAAUUUUUUGAACCCGGAUGGUCAGCCUAAUUACAGCCUUUUACAAAGUGUUAUUGAUAAGUUACCACAAGUAAAUGAAAUGGUGAAAUAUGCAAAAAAAAAGACUUUGAAGCAAGAGCUAGAUAAACUGGACACUUUGUGUUUCCCACUUUUAUCAUGGAUAAUUUCUUCCAAUCGUACACAUUUACGUUUAUUAGAAUCCGAUGAAGAAAAGGUUCAGUUCAACGAAACGACUUCUGCCUAUGGAAAUUGGAAGCAAUUUAUUAUGAUAAUGAGUUCUCCUGAAAAAGAAGAAACUUUCCAA